CCUUGUGGCUGAUAGGAGCUAUAACAAAGCCACACGGCUAGACUUUCUAACUGUGAAUACUAACUAGCUGUUUCGAAACCUUACGGAUUUCUUUCAGAAUAGAAUGUCUUCACUUCUGAAGGUGGACAAUGAAAUCAAAACGAAGGUUGACGCUUUCAGGGAACGAAUCACAGGAGAAGCAGAAGACCUUGUCGCAAAUUUUUUCCCAAAGAAGUUAUUAGAACUUGAUCAUUUUCUCAAGGACCCAAUCUUAAACAUCCAUGAACUGAAAGACAUCCAUUCUGAGAUCAACCUGACUGUGCCGGACCCCAUUCUUCUCACAAAUAGCCAUGACGGGCUGGAGGCGCAAAAUGCAAAGAAGAGGAAGCUGGAAGAUGCUACAAGUGAUGACAAUUGCCAAGUUGCUGGCACCAAGGUCUUUGUCAUGCCUGGUGGGAUGAUGAAGAGCAACAACAAGCUGGUGGAUCUGAUCGAGAAAGUCAAGCCAGAGAUCAGAACACUGAUAGAGAAAUGCAACACGGUUAAAAUGUGGGUUCAGUUGUUGAUCCCAAGAAUAGAGGAUGGCAACAACUUUGGUGUUUCAAUUCAGGAGGAGACCGUAGCAGAGCUCAGGACAGUGGAAGGAGAGGCAGCAUCUUACCUUGACCAGAUAUCCAGAUACUACAUCACAAGGGCAAAACUGGUUUCCAAAAUUGCAAAGUACCCACACGUGGAGGACUACAGGCGUACAGUGACUGAGAUAGACGAGAAGGAGUACAUCAGCCUCAAGAUCAUCGUGUCUGAGCUGAGGAAUCAAUAUGUAACAUUACAUGACAUGAUUCUGAAGAACAUUGAGAAGAUCAAGAGGCCACGGAGCAGCAAUGCCGACGCGCUGUAUUAAGGCCCCAGGGAACCCCUUCUCCUCCCCCAUUCCAACCCCAGUCCUUCCCUGUCCUCCCCUCCACAGUGCUGUCUUUGUGGCUGGAGCGUUGGAUCGGUUUUAAUGAAACGGACUACUAGAACUGGGUCGAGAUGGACCGGCAUGUGUGACAGAACAACUGAAAGCAUCAAGUGUUUUUAUGUUAGAAUUUCAAACAAAUGUUAGAAGAUUAUCACCAUUUUAAACCUCAGUAAAGAUACAAGGGGCAGAGUAGAUCAUACUUUGGCCCAGCAUGAGGUGGUGUUGAAAAUGCAUCCCCGAAAGCUUCUCUCAAAAAAAGAAAAAAUACCCUUUUAAUCCGAGAAAGUUAUCUUAGAAACAAUGCAGUUAAAUCUAAAUGCUGGAUUCCCUUAUAUCCUUUUGGUCAAGCCAACUCGAAUUGGACUGAUUUUUUUCCCCACAUAGCUCCUGUUUUGCUUUACGAAGUCAAGCAGUGUUGCUGCAUUAGCUGCAACUGCUUAAACUGACCAUGAUUUGCUUUCUGUGUUUCCCAUGCAGACUGGGGCGCAGAACAUGGUUGCUAUUUAAUUUUUUUUUUUUGAGAGAGAGAGAAAGAGUGAGUAUCAGUCAGUGGAGAAGCUCUUAGUUACCGAAUGAAACAUUCUGUGACCUGGUUUUGUUUUGCAUUGUCCUUUAAUGUUCGUGUGUGUUUCGACUGACAUUUGUUGUCUAGCACAAAUCUCAGAUAAGGUAAUGUCUAAAAAGGAAAAGCAAGCAAAACUCCUGUUUUUGAGCAGCCAUUAACUUGAAUGUAAGGCCAGAUUCAACAGCUACACAGGGAGAGUGUGAUGCACAACCAGAAAAAAAAGGAAUGCCAAAUGUUUGGAAUGACAGUCCAGAUAGAAAUGAAAUGCCAGUGAGAUAUUGUUUGACUUCUUUGGGGAAAAGUCUGUUUUUUUUUUGGCCUUGUUUUUGCUUUCCACAACACCCUUUCCCUAAAGGAAGCCGAUCUGUUGAGGUCAUCAAAAGCAUGUUUUUUGUUUUGAGAAUAUUAUUUUACUGAAUAAAAUAUUAUUUUUAAAGACGUGUAACUUUUACCCUCCCACUGUUCAUGGUUAUUUGUGAUUGUGUACCAUUUUUUUUAGUAAAAUAUGUAAUGGAGCACCCAGACUAGAUCAGUAUCUUAAAUAUUAGGAACACCUGCAUUUCCAAGGUUUGGCUAUGUGUUACUGUUUGCUUGUAGAAAAAAAUGACCCAGUCCAUAUAUAGUGUCUUAAAAUGCAAUUUUAUGUUCUGCAAAAAAACCAGGCAUAAAAUAAGCAUUUAGGAAAUUACUGUUGUGAACAUUUCUAAUUGAGGAACAUCUAAGUUAUGAGAUGCCCUCCUUUGGGAAGACACAACUCUACGUUCUCCUGUACAAUGGGGAGUGCAUUAUUUUGAGCAGGUCCUGCCAUCCUCUGUAGUUUUCAAGGUUUGUCAUCUUCACAGCACUUUUUCUUUGUCUGGGCCGAUUUGGUGUCGACUUCUAGGCAUUUGGUCCCCUGCGCAUAUUUCCAAUGGCCCAUUUAAAUGGGUAAAAGGCACAUUUUCAUGUAAUAUGAAAUUAUGGGCUUUCAUUGAAAUGUUGGUUAGCUUUGAAUGUUUCUCCUCUAGGUCAUCCUCAGAAUUUAUU